AUGACAACCCUCUACCAACAAAGCGUUCCCGUGCUGGUCAAGUACCUCAAGAACUUAUCCUUCAUGCUCCAGAAGGGUGCCAAGUUCUGUGAUGAGAAGGAAAUGAAGCAUGAAGACCUUCUGACAUACCUCCAAUCCUGCUCCAACACAGCCAAAUUCCUCGCCUCCCGUCUCGGCGCACAAAACAUUCCCACAUUCGAAGACGACGAGCAAACAUUCGAACAGCUCCAAGCACGCAUCACCCGCACAAUCGAAGUCCUUGAGGGCGUGGACCCUGAAGUCAUCAACGGUAAAGAAAAUGAGGAGAUUAUAAUGGAGAGUAAGAUGGGAAACUUCCGCUUCACGGGCCAGCGAUACGUGAGCGAAUAUGUAAUCCCCAAUUUCCACUUUCACCUCACGAGUGCAUAUUGCAUCAUGCGCACACAGGGCGUUCCAUUGGGUGCGUUUGACUACCUGAAGGAUGUUUUUGAGAAGGUUUAG